GUCGUCGCGAACGCCGCGCGGCAGACUUGCUCUCGCGGCGGUAAUACCAAGACAUUUCCGUAAAACGCUGACUCGGUAGUUAUUUUUUGUGCCGGUAUCUUGAGGAAAAACCUAAAGUAUUUGAAUUUAACUACUGACAGAAUUAUUUGAGCAGUGACGAAGACCGAUGUACACAAACAUCAAGUCACAAAGGUGUUAAAUUGUGUCCUAAGAUAGAUAGAUAUGAACUUUCUAUUGCACCACCAGAGCAAAACUAGACUUUGAUAUUUGCUUCACCCAAUAUAUCCUGUACCGGUACGUACUACCCGCGAUAUGAUGCUUAUGCUGCUGGCGCUGCUCGCGGCGCUGGGGGAGGCGGGCGGCGCGGGCGUUGUGCGGACGCGUGCCGAAGUGCGCGGCGCGGUGCGUUUCGGCGCGUUGUUCGCAGUACAUGGCGCCCCUGCCGCAGCUGUAGCGGGCGCGCGCUGCGGUGCUGUAAGGGAGCACUACGGUAUCCAGCGCGUGGAAGCGACGUUGCGCGCGCUGGACGCCAUCAACGCGGACGCGCACCUGCUGCGCGGCUUGCGGCUGGGCGCGGAGCUGCGCGAUUCGUGCUGGGCGGCGCCCACCGCGCUGAGGCAGACCAUCGAGCUCGUGCGCGACGCCAUCGCGCCCCACGACCACGCCCGCCACGACCGUAGCUGUGAACCACCCACUGGUCGGAGUUCUAACAGUGAGGCCCCUACAGCCAGCUCCACGCCGCUGCUGGGCGUCCUGGGACCCGGCGCCAGCGCCGCUGCCGUGCAAGUCCAGAAUCUGCUGCAGCUGUUCUCCAUACCGCAGGUCUCGUACUCUGCGACGUCGCGCGAGCUGUCGGACCGCGCGCGGUUCUCCACGUUCUUCCGCAUGGUGCCGUCCGACCAGCACCAGGCGCGACUGCUGGUGCGCUUGCUGCGCGCGCACAACUGGACAUACGUGCAUGCUGUGCACACUGACGAGAGCUACGGACAAAGCGGCAUGGCAGCGUUUCGUGAAGAAGCAGCGCGUGGUGGAGUUUGCGUGGCACGGGAGGAGGCGCUCCGUGCAGCUCCCAGUGAGCAAGAAGUGGAUGGCGUGCUCCAGCGACUGGCCGCGGGCGGCUCGCACGUGGCCGUCUGCUGGUGCGAGGGCCGCACCGCCCGCGCCCUGCUGCUUGGCUUGCAACGCAGAACUGAACUGGCCCAGGCGUCUGGACAACCAGCCCCGGUACUUCGACUGGUGGGGAGCGACGGUUGGGCGGAUCGACGUGACGUGGUGGCGGGAGUCGAACCAGCUGCCCGCCUGGCCCUUACCCUCCGUAUCCGCUCGCCGUACCUGCAUGACUUCGACCGCUAUUACCAUGCACUCACGCCUCACAAUAACAAAAGGAAUCCUUGGUUCCAAGAAUUUUGGGAACAGAAGUUCAAUUGUUCGUUGGAUGACAAACCGCCUGCUGGUACCCGACAGUGCACUGGAUCGGAGUCGCUUGCAAACAGCUACACACAGGAGCCCAAGUUGGCUCUAGUGGUGCGAGGAGUGUACGCAUUCGCGCAUGCGCUGCACGACAUGCGACGGGGGCUGUGCCCGCGCUCCCUCGAAGAGCCGCUGUGCCCCGCCAUGCUGCCGUUCAACGUGUCGCUGUAUCGCUGGCAUCUCGCCAAGGUCCGCUUUCGAGCUCCUGACGGAGGACUCGUGGCCUUUGAUGAAAAUGGAGACCCACCGCCAGAGUUGAGCGAGUAUGACGUGAUGAAUUUGGUGAGUGACGGCGCAGGAGGAUGGCGAUAUGUACGCGUGGGUCGCUGGCGGCGGGGGGCUCUACAGUUGCGCGGAGGCGUCCAAGCGGCAGCGCGGCGUGCGGCGGGCGUACGGGCGGCGUGCGGGGCGACGUGCGGUGCGGGGCAGUGGGCGCGCGCGGGGCAGGGCCGCGCGCGCUGUUGCUGGACCUGCGAGACCUGCGCGCCGCUGGCUAUCGUUGCGUCCUCUCCCAACAAUGGCUGCAGGCUAUGUCCACCGGGACAUCGACCGGAUUUCACGCGCACACAAUGCCUCCCAUCACCAAUAGAGUGGGGUAGCGGCGGCCGAUGGGCGCGGUCUGUGGCAGCCUGCGCCGGAACUGCCGGUCUGAUGGCUGUCGCGAUAUGCGGCGUCACUUUCUGGCGACACAGAAACACACCAGUCGUGAAGUCCGCUUCACGGGAGUUAUGCGCCCUGUUGUUGUGUGCGGCGACGGCGUGUCACGUAGCAGCGUUGGCGGCGGCGUCGCGGCCGGCGGCGUUGCCGUGUGCGGCCGUACGGGUCGCGGCGCCAGCUUUGGGAGGAGUGUACGCGGCUAUACUGGCAAGGACGUUGCGCGUGGCGAGGCUCGUGGCGGCUGUGGAGCGGCGCCCAACGUCUCGUCCCAGACUGUUGUCAUCUCGUGCGCAGGUGUGGAUGUGGGUGUGUCUGACAUCACCAGGCGCGGUGCUGGCAGCGUGGUCUGCGAGCCGCUGGCCGCCAGGCACUGUGCUGCUGCACCCGGGGCGAGCGCGGGCAGUGCUGGCGUGCGGCGGAGAGCGGUCCGAAGCUCAGCUGCCGCCGCUUGCACCGGCGUUACUGCUGCUUGCCGCUUGUGUAGUGCUUGCUGUACGAACCCGCCGACUGCCGCAUAACCUGAACGAGACGCGGUUCGUGGGCGCGGCGGCGUACGCGACCGGCGUCACGUGGCUCGCGUUCUUCCCGCUCUACGCCGCGUCCGAAGCGCGCACCGCCACGCUCGGCGCCUGCGCCUCUCUGUCCGCCGGGGCUUGCGUUUUACUAUCCCUUGGUCCGCGCGUGUUCAUCUGUGUGUUCCGGCCGGCUCGCAACACCAGACACCACUUCCUGACGGCGACCUCCAUCCGAUGUCACCUCGGGAAGUAUCGUCCAGACAGCCAACCAGCCACCGCCGCUUGCGCCACGUCGCCGCCGAAACAGAGAGCGUCAUCGUCGAGGGCAGUACAGACCGACAGUCCAGGGGCCGACGCGCGAUGUUCGGAAGAGAGUUGCGCGGCGGCGGGCGCGUGCGCGCGCGUGCGCCGCGUGCCCGCGUGCGGUGACGACGAGCUGUCGGACGUGCUCAUCGUGCUGCUGCAGCAUCACCACUCGCUGCCCGCUGGCGUCAGUCUGCACUGAUAGCAAUACAGCAUAGCCAUGCCUACAUAGCUCAAUACUGUCGUACCGGGGCAAUCGAAAGUGGCUCGGUGGAGCCUUCCCAUGGAGAACAAACGUCUAUUUCGUUUUAUACUACGAAAGGUAAUAUUACACUGCUCCACUGUUCUGGGAGCAUAGUUACCGGAACAUUAGCGAGCGAGACGUGGUCGUUCAUUCUUUGUUGGCAAAUGGCUGCAAAACGUCAAGGAAUAUUGUUUAUGUUGGAUAUUGCUUAGCAAACAAGAAUGCGAUGUAUACAAGAAAGAAAACGGCUCCGCUUAACACGAGCUCAUUGCUAAUUUUAAAUAAAUUAUUUUUAUAGUCUUAUCAAAUUAAACAGCCUAAAAAUAGUUCAACAUUGAUUUAUUUAUACAUUUGAAAUUGAAAGACGGGCUAUCGCGCGGUCCGCCGCGCCAGCGUCGAGCGGGGCGGUGGGCGGCGCGGCGAGCGGCGCAGCCCGCGGCGCUAACACUAUAGACUGUGCAAAAAUAUAUCAACUGGUGCAGCGGGCGGGCCGCGAAACGAUCUAUACAAACAACAAUAUUAUAGAGUAUCUCACACGGUACUAUUAACAUGACAUCGUUUAUAUUAUCACAGAGGAAAUAAAUGCUGGAGACUAGGAUUUCACAUCGAACAAAUGAAAUACAACUUUUAAAAAUUUUAAAUUCACCGCGAAAGCAGGAUAAUUAUAUAUGUUUAAUGUUUAGGUAUUAAUUUUGUCUUUGAAAUAAAAAAUAGUAUAUGCGCAGCCAAAUCAAAAGUUUAAAGUUUAAAAAAAACUUCUUCUUUGUCUCUAUUAUCUUCUCUGUGACGGUUUUAUUUUCUUUUCAAAUGUUCGUUGCGAUAAACCACCGUAAUUUCUGAUAUUUGGACAGACGAUCAGUUGAAGUUUGUAUCAUAUAUAAAAUACAUAGAUUAAUGCAAUAUACAAACAGUCGAAGGAAAGCGAGAGAGUUGCCUCGAGCAACUACAUAUAUUCUAACAUGUAUAUCAUAUAUAGUAUAUAAAUUUAUCUACUCAUCACACCAUGAUAUGACAUCGCGUUUCCAUAAAUUAUACACAGACAUAAUAAUAAUAACACUCUCAUUUCUCAUCUUAUCAUAGAGAAAAUGGCAACAAUGAUCAUUGCAUGAGGAUGCCACGAGUUGUCGAGCCGGAGCUCGUAGCACCGGCGUUGGAGUUACGUACGACACGACCGGGAAUGUCUAAUAUUUAUUUAUUUGACGUUUGUUAAAUGUAAUCAUAUAACAUUACAUGUUUACAAGCUAAGUAAAAUGGAAAUUGAAAAUAUAUUAAAAUAUAUUGAAAGUAAUUUGGACCAUGUACAAUAACAACCCACAUUCGCUUCUGAAUUGUUGGAGAAAAAGCAAUUUCGAAAGUAAUGUUUUAUUUUUGCUCUGAAAGAAAUAGAAAUAUCAUAAUUCCAAUGACUCAAGCUUUUCAUUUAACCACAUUUACCACAGCAAAUAUAAUCAAAAAUAUAUAGUGUUUUAUUUGAAACUUAGUUUCGUAUGCUGGAUCGUAAGAUAAGUUUCGUCAAUGACAAUAGAAUACGACUUUUUUUUAAGUAUAAUUAAGAAAUCUUUGUCAUCUCUGCCCUUUACUAUAAAUUUUGAUUGACAUAAUAAAUAUUCGUAACCUACGGUAACAUUAACAUUACAUUCAUGUUAGAUAUACUUAAUUAUAAAUAAUACAACUUGCUUACUAACCUAUGCCCAAAGAAAUAUCAAAUCUUCCAUAAAAAGACAUUCCUUGGAAUCAUAUAAAUAGGAGAUUUAAUUCCAGCAACUGAACCUACAUAAUGGAUUCUCGUGAUUCCUAUAAGUACACACCGACUUCGGAACAUUAAUUUAAACUAUAACAAGAGGAGCCUAUGACUAGAAUACUUAUAAUUUUGUGUAAUACCACAGAGGACGUCGAAACAGAACUCAUUAUAAAAUCCUAUACAUCAACGCAACAUGAUCACGUACAAAAACAAACCAUUGUAUUUCAAAAUUUAAAAAUAACCUUAACCAUGUUUUAUGUAAAAUAUAAGUUGAAAACGAUGAAAUAAAAAUGAUUUAUAGAA